UUCAGAAAUUAUUUCUCUACUAAAAAGGAAAUUCAUAAUCACAACACGCGAAACUCGAGAUUACUACACAAAAAGUUCAGUAGAACCAACUACGCAAAACAUACGCUUGCUAGUAGAGGCAUAGAAGUUUGGACAUAGAAGUUUACACAAUCUAUAUGUUAUAAUAUUUGAUUGUAUUAAAUACAUUUUACGAAUGAAUAAAAUCCUUUAAGGUUCAACUACGAGACUAUUGUCUUUCAGGGUGUUAUGUACUCGACAUUCAGUGUUAAAAGAUGUAUAUUUCAUAUCAGAAAUAAUUUAUAUACACAUACAAAUAUUACGUCAUUGAAUAAUAAUUAUUCCUAACUAAUUAUUCCAAAGUCUCAACACAGGGUAGCCAUUUGUCUGCUUCAGCCCCUCUAAAAUUUUCGGACUUUCAAACUUUGAACACAGUGCAGUUGCCGAGAAGAAAUUUUGUGAAGUUUUAAGAAAUUUAGCUGUUCCAAAAUGUAUAAUGAUAAAAAUGUGCGCACGAACGACUAGAGUCACUCAAUAGCAUAGUCAUUCGAUUGCGAAUGUCGCUGUUAAUGCUAUGAGUGUGGUUUAUUGGAAAACGCGGACACCGGACAGCGGACACUUUUCAAAAUUUACGAUAAACAUGAAUUAAAACCUGUUAAAGUAUGUCGUCUAAACGUCGUUAAAACGUGUUAAAGUAUGUCGUCGUAAACGUGUUAAACUCCUUUAGUUAGCUCAGGGUAAAACACUAACUAGUAAAACUUUUUGUUUAAUUCCCGCGUUCUUUUUUUCAGAAAAAAUAUUCAGGAUUGAUUACGGAAUCAUUUGAGUUUGCAUCCAUGGACAUUUUUAAAGAAAGAUAAAUCGUCAUUUUCCAUGUACUAGAACACCUAAAUAUAUUAUUGUCCAACAUAAUUCCUGAAAGACGACAAAGUACAUACAAGCCUAUUGGACAAGGUUUGGCAAUCUCGUGCCAAUUAAAGGCGAGGAUGACUGCCAGAACGACCGUUGCUGAUACUACAUGUACAAGCUUCAAUUCGGAGACAAAGAGCAAUGCUGAUAAUAUUGACAUCAUGCAUGAGGGAUGCCAUGUUUCGAAGUCACGUUAUUGCUACAGAGAGAAAUGGGCUUGGGUUCAGAUGAUUUUGAUCAUAUUUCUUGAAAAACUGUUUGAAAUGUCUGCUAUCUUCAUUUCACGUCGACCUUUUCGAGUAAUAUUUUGUUGUCUGCUUGUCACUAUUGGCCUAACGUGUGGCUUUGCAAUGUUAAAAGUUGACAAAAAUGUGAAAUAUUUGUACCUACCUGAAAACAGUGAAGCAUCACAGGAUAUAAGAAAGGCGAGAAGUCUAGGGUUUGAACUCGAAGUACGACAAGAAGAGGUUGUUAUUUUGCCUAAACAUGGCAAAUCCGUUCUGUCGCAAGAAUGUUUGGCAGAAAUGAUUGAUUUACACAACAUUAUUACAGAUAUAGAUCACUACGACGAAUACUGCUAUAGGAAAAACUCAAAUAGAAGUUGUGCUUCAACAAACCUGUUAGAAAUUUUCAGUUAUCAAAAGGAAAACUUAGUUGCCAAUAUUACACAACGUAUCCAGACCGUUCUACAAAAUGAUGCUUUUCUUAUGGCCAAUGGCAGAAGACUCGUCGAUAAUUUUAAUAGAAUUUUUGGAAAUAAUGCUUCCGGCGAUUCACUUGAUUCCACAAAUGCGCUGAGAAUGGCUUACUAUAUGAAAGAAUAUGAUAGAGAUGGACAGGAGAAGGAGAACAUUUUGGAUUGGGAGAGUAUUUACCUCAAAAAAAUAUCAUCAUUUUCAAAAAACACUACCUGUGCGAAUGUUUUUUAUGCUGCAGAAAGAAGCUUGGACGACUCUGUAUCAGAAAGUACUGGUUCUGAUAUUUCGUUUUUCGCAGUAACAUUUACAAUCAUGGGCAUUCUUAGUGGCAUUGUGAAUGGAAGAUGUGGUGAUGCUCGUUUUGGUCAUCAAUUGUUAGGAUAUGGUGCAUUGUUGUCCAUUUACUUGGGUGUCACGAGUGCACUUGGCCUUUUAAUGAUUGUUGGUGUUCCCUUUAUCAGCAUGGUUGGUGUUCUACCGUUCUUGGUUGUAAGUAUCGGCAUAGACGAUGUUUUCAUUAUCCUACACGAACUUAAUGAAAUGAUCCGUCAAGAUUUGCCCUCGACGCAUAUGCUAAGCGGGACAAUGGCUAGAAGUGGUCCAACUAUUACCAUGACAACCCUUACUGAUCUUGUAGCAUUUGCCGUUAGCAGUAGUUCCAUUUCCCUUCGAUUCGUCUUUUCUGCACUUACACAGCUGUUGCAAUCUCAUCUGUUUUCAUUCUGUUGCUGA